AUGAAUCAUCAAAAUGAUAAUGAUGAUGUAUCUACUAGUAGUGUAAAUGAUAAUGAUAACUCGUCUGUUCAACUACAACAACAUAGUAGUAUAUCUGAUGAAGUAAAGAACAACAACAACAACAACAACAACAACAUCAGUGGAGAAGCUAGUGGAAGUAGUAUCAGUAGUAACACGACACAGAACGCGGUGGAUUUGAAACAUCUGUUGCAAUCGGCAGUCAGCAGCAAUGACAUUUCGUUUUCACCGAUGAUCAGCUCACCCAACAACUCAUCGCCGUCGAUCGCACCCAAAAAGAAGACUAUCGAUGACUUUACCAUUGGCAAGGUUCUCGGUGAGGGUUCGUACGGUGCGGUGGUGCUGGGUACCGACAAGGAAACCUCGAUACAAUACGCCAUAAAAAUACUCGAAAAGAAACAUAUCCUCAAGGAGAACAAAGCGAAAUAUGUACAAAUAGAAAAAGAGAUCCUCUGUAGAGCCAACCAUCCAAAUAUCUGUAAAUUAUACUUUACUUUUCGUUCUGAAAAUUGUUUAUAUUAUGUAUUGGAAUUAUGUUCACAAGGUGAUUUACUACAUCACAUUAAACCAGUUGGAUCGUUCAACGAUCAAUGUACAAAGUUUUAUACAGCGGAAAUCAUUAGUGCACUCGAACACCUUCAUGGCAUCGGAAUAGUUCAUCGCGAUCUCAAACCCGAAAAUAUAUUGCUGGCGGACGACAUGCACAUAAAAGUAACAGAUUUUGGUACUGGAAAAAUCAUUGGUAACGCCACCAAAAAUAACAACACCAACACCAACACCACCAACGAAACAACAGCACCGGCAACAUCAACUCCAUCCUCUCCAGAAUUGACUCGUUCAAAUUCAUUCGUUGGAACUGCAGAAUAUGUUUCACCGGAAUUAAUCAAUAACAAAGAGACUUCGACAGAGUCUGAUCUUUGGGCAUUAGGAUGUAUUAUUUAUCAAUUGAGUACCGGACGAUUACCAUUCAGAGGAAAGACAGAGUUUUUAACAUUCCAAAAGAUUUCGAAUCGCGAGUUGGUCUAUCCGCUGAAUAUGAACCCGGUGAUAAAGGAUUUGAUUGAGAAGUUGCUAGUUGUCAAUCCAACCGAUCGGCUUGGCUCGAGGACAACCGGUUUCGAAAAGUUGAAACAACAUCCAUUCUUUGAGGGAAUCGAUUGGGAGAACCUACAUAGAGCGACGCCACCAACGAUUGCUCCACCCACCGAGAAGAUUGUCUUUGAGGAGACACACGACCUCUCAGCAUCCAACAAUAGCAACAACAAUAUUAGCAAUAACAACAACAGCAGCAGUAACAAUUUCAACAACAGCAACAACAACGUUGGUAGUAAUAGUAAUAACAAUCUCUCACAACAAUCACUUAGUUCGAGUAAUGGUAAUCUUGGCAACGGUCUGCAGAGCGGCUCGCCAACAGGAUCGUCACCGUCAAACUCAUCGCCAUCACAACAGCGAAACAGUGACCGCGCCAAAUGGGCGCAAUUCCUGCAGCCAAAUGAAAACAUUGUCGAGUCUGGAUUGGUGUGGAAGAAGAAAGGCUUCUCAAUCAAGAAGCGUCAACUCAUUCUCACGUCGCAGCCACGUCUCAUCUACAUCGAUCCCAAGAAGAUGGAACUAAAAGGUGAAAUACCAUGGUCAUCCUCAUUGAAACCUGAAGUAAAGAGUGGUUCAAACUUUGUUAUUCAAACACAAAUUCUAACGACUAUUACAUUAACUACAGCCAAAGAGAAAAUAUUUAUUAGAAGACGUUGA